AUGAAACUAGAAAAGUGCCUAACAGUGAAGAACAUCAACAGGAAUCUGUUGGAUGUGAAUUACGCGGUGCGCGGACCCCUUCUCGAGCGGGCGUUGCAGAUCGAGAGGGAACUAGAAAAGGGGGUCCCGAAACCAUUCGAACGUGUGGUCCGUGCCAACAUUGGCGACUGCCACGCCCUAGGGCAAAAACCCAUAACUUUCAUCAGACAGGUGCUGGCGCUGGUUGCAUGCCCGGAGCUCAUGUCUUCACCUGAUAUCCCGGAAGAUGUGAAGAGACGCGUUCGGGAAAUACUUGAUGAUUGCACGAACAGGUCGGUGGGGUCUUACUCUCCUUCUGCUGGACUGCGAGUUGUCCGUGAAGCCGUCGCGUCGUAUUUGACGUCACGCGACCAGGUGACCGCUGCGGCUGACGACAUCUACUUGGGCAACGGCGCCACUGACCUCAUCAAGGCGGUGCUCGCUAUGUUCGCGGGGGACGUUGACGGAAAACCACCAGCGGUGAUGAUACCAAUCCCACAAUACCCGCUCUUCUCGGGCGCUUUGUCGGAGCUGGGGGUGCGCCAAGCGAACUACUAUCUGGACGAAGAUCACGACUGGGCCCUGGAUAUUGGCGAGCUGGAGCGCAGCUGGCGGGAAGCGGAAGUGGACAGCCACGUGAGGGCGUUGGUCAUCAUCAACCCUGGCAACCCCACGGGACAGGUGAUAAGUCGAGAGAACAUCGAGAGGAUUAUAAAAUUCGCGUACGACCACGACCUGUUCCUACUGGCCGAUGAGGUCUACCAGGAGAAUAUUGUCAGCAAGCCUUUCCAUUCGUUUAAAAAGGUGAUGCACGAAAUGGGGGAGCCCUAUUCGCGGAUGGAGCUGGCGAGUUUCGUGACCUGCUCCAAGGGCUGGGCGGCGGAGUGCGGGCUGCGGGCAGGCUUCCUCGAGCUGGUGCGACUGCAGGGGCAGGUGGCGGCGGCCUUCGGGCGGACGCGCGCCCUCCGGCAGUGCCCCGGCGUGCUGGGCCAGUGCGCCCUCCACUGCAUAGUGCGGCCGCCACAGCCCGGGGAGCCUUCGUAUCCACUAUUCGCUGCUCAGAAGCUGGAGGUGGAGCUCACCCUGGCAGAGCGCUCGGCCUCCGCCUACGAGGCCCUGAACACCAUUCCGGGAUACUCCUGCAACCCCAUCGACGGCUCCAUGUUCGCCUUCCCCCGUGUAGAGAUACCGGAGCGGGCUCAGAAGGAGGCCGAUGAAAGGGGCCUCGCUCCAGACGAGUUCUAUUGCCUGCGGCUACUUGAAGAAACUGGCGUGUGCGUGGUGCCGGGCUCGGGCUUCGGUCAGCGCGAGGGCACCUUCCACUUCAGAACCACCAUCCUGCACCCGCCACAAGAGUUCAGCCACAUGAUGGACUCCAUCAGGCGCUUCCAUCUGCAAUUCCUCCAACGAUACGCGCCGCAAAGCGAUCGGACACACAAAAAUGGCGUGAAUGCCGCUUUA